AGAUAACGUUUCACAAAAUGAUUGAAAGUAUAUUCCGACUUUCUUUCAAAAUUUCCCCAAAAGUUUCACAUUUCGUAGAAAAGAAAUAUCUGCGUGAAGUUUACGACAUGUCCAACGACACGCGCGCACUUUUUAUCUUGAAAAUUCUAUCCUCGGCAGCUCCUUAAUUGCAACAAGUAUAAAAAAUACGUCGAUAUAACGCACGACCCAUCGUAAAGCGAUUUGAAUCGAGCGCUCCGCGCGCCAUAACGCGCAGCCGACGUGCGAAAGUAUGCAUUAUUUGGGAAAUAUAAGAGCGGCGACAUCGCGGAUCGAUAUGGCGGUGAGCGUGGAGUAAAUCGUCCGUAUUCUCGUGGGCGAUAUAUAGAACCGCGGGAAUGUCGCGCACGACGCAGCAUCUCGCUCGUAGUGCGGGCGGACACGCGAUCGGCUGUUAACCGCGUUUGAAUCGGAGCGCCCUUCGCGCCAUUCCCCGCGGCAGAUGCACGAAGGUCAGAAGUAUUUUAAAAAUAAGGCCGUAGGCAUUGGCAGAUUGGUAUGGCAGUGGACGUUAAGGGUCGGGUGGCGUUGUAAUGGCAAAAAGUUUGCGAAAGGGUCGGGAUUGGAGAUAGACAAGAUGGACCAGCAGUAUUGCCUACGGUGGAACAAUCAUCCAGCCAACCUCACAGACGUUCUCAGCUCACUACUUGAAAGAGAAGCACUCUGUGAUGUGACCCUGGCCUGUGUUGGAGACACAUUCAAAGCACAUCAGACGAUACUCUCUGCAUGCAGUCCGUAUUUUGAGAGCAUUUUCCUACAGAACACCCAUCCUCAUCCAAUCAUAUUCCUCAAGGAUGUGAAUGACAAGGAGAUGAGGGCAUUGCUGCACUUUAUGUAUAAGGGCGAAGUUAACGUUAGUCAGCAUCUGCUACCGAUGUUCCUUAAAACAGCAGAGGCAUUACAGAUCAGAGGCCUCACUGAUAAUAGUGUAAAUAACAAGACGGAGGAGAAAAGCCCGUCACCAGAGCCAGAAACACAAACCGGAAUCAGACAUACUGAUUCGCCUAACCUCCAGUCUCAUCCUGAGAAAAGGAAAAGAAAACUUUCAGGCAGCUACGAUGUUUCCCUUACUGGCCCACCUAGUGAACGGUUCUUAUCUGAUUCUCAGACAUCCUCGCAGUGUAGUUACAAAUCAAGUCCUCCUGUGAUUCCAAAGCUAAAUAAUGCCCUGGGAGUUGAUAUGGAAGAUGGUGGUCGACCCAUGUCUCCUGCAUCACAACCGCAGGCUCCUAUAAAACAAGAGGUGGAUCACCACUUGCCUGACUUCCAUGACAAUAUUUCCCUCCCUGGUCACCCAGUUGGAUUGAUAGGAGAAGACGGAGGACCAACGGCAGGGGCGCUCAGCGAUGGUGUUCAGGGGAUUGAGUCAUCUGAGCACCACAAUCCACCGGAGAUGCUCGACGGACUUGAUGGUACGAUGCCGAGCGUGCCGGUCGGCCUCUCUUAUCACGAGAUGUUCGCCGUGUCGCUUGGCAGCCCGGCGCUGUGGAGAUGCCGCGCCUGCGGGAAGCAGGUGACCAAUCGUUGGCACCACUUCCACAUACACACCGCGCAGCGCUCGCUGUGCCCUUAUUGCCCGGCCACCUACAGCAGGAUCGACACUCUGCGCUCGCACAUACGCACCAAGCACAGGGACAUGCUGUUCGCCGGGAAGGGGUCCUUGUAGAGGACGGUGAUCGCCCCGCGAAGGAAGCGGCCGCCGCCACUUCCGCCGCCGCGUCUGCUCCACGAGCGCCCGGUCGCGCCCUUCUUCGGCUUCGGGCUGCCCUGACCGUCCUUCCUCGAACCGACGAGGUACCGGAGGCCCGAGUGGUGAAAACAUCCUCAAGAGAAGGAGGAGCAGGAGGAGAACGCGGACUCUUCGGCGGAAAGUGCUUGGGAUCUCGCGGCGAAUCCUCGCUGGAACUCGAUUCCGAUCCCACCAACCACGAUCUCGCGGGUCCCGAGCAUCGUUCUUCCCAGGGGGGGGGGUGAGUGUGGUCGGAAAGAGUGCACCCCCUCCUGAGUUCACGGCGGCAACAGCGGCUGGAUCAUCAUCGGCUGUGAUCCGGUCCGAGAUGGUAUAAUCGAUUCGCGGGGCGAAUCCGUUCGACCAAUGGCCUCAUUAGCGAUAAUUGUUUGCCGGUUAUAAUAAUCACGUUUGUCGUCGUCGUCGCGUCUUCGGAAGCCGCCGCCGCGCCGCCGGAGUGGGAAGGCGCGAGAGGGUGAGAGAAAGGACGGUUAUCGAUCACCGCGCCCUCGAAACUUCCGUCACAUCUCGUGAAACGUGGCACGAACGAAAGGGCGACGCGGCGCAGCGAGGGGAGGGAGAAAUAAAUAGGGCAGGAGAUCUAUCGACGACGUGCUCUCACGCGCUGACGGUCGGGCGGCGGUGCAUGGCUGGCACGAAGUCAGAAUUUUGCGAGGACAAUCGAUCGAUAGGUAACGCUUCGAAUAGUUUUCGCGAAGACUGUGGCGAGGUGUGGUUCGGUUCUCUCUCGUCGGGGAGGCGGCCGCCGUGAGAAAUUGCGGCCGGGCUCGCCCAGGAAUCGUCGGGCUCUCCCGCGUGUUUUCCAAAUUUCGCGGAGAGAAAGCUCCCCCCGGGCUCGCGUCCGAUCGUUUCGCUCUUUCUUUUCACAACGACUCUUCGACGAUCGUUGUCCGAGUUCUCGAGUCAUCGUUUCUAAAAUUAGCCGCGCGAAACGCUCCCGGAAAGCGGAAAUUUCAUAUUAGCGCGAUCAGCGCGGUCGCAAGGCGAGACGGGAAAAACUCUGAAGAAAGCGCUUCGUAAUCAUCGAUUACGACCGAUGAUUCGUCGCGGACUGCUCCGCGACGUCCGGUCGCGAUGUCUCGCGGUUUCUCCGACGGUCCGCCCCCUCGAAGACGUUACCACAACAUAUUGCGCACACGUCGUUGCAAUCGUCGCUAGAGAUCGGCGAGAGAAUUCGUUACGCUUCGUUGACUAUUGAUUUCGAUCGAGAACCGUCUCUCUACGUUUGUCGAUGAUUCGACGGCACAGUCGAGGUAAGGUAAGGCGAGAAGCGACGAAGAGGGAGGAGAAGGGAUGCACGGUGAGGGAACGCCGAGGCGUGGGCCACGCGAGCGCUCACGCUUCGAUGUCAAACGGUUCUAAUUAUAUGCAAUGGAAGGCUGAAACGCGCGCUGUGAUCUUCGAACACCGAAACAAAAAUGAAAGAAAGAGAAGGAGAAAUUCUUUCAAAGGGUACUAUGAAUUAUUAUCGUGAUAGCGACCAUUAUCACUGUUACGAAAAAGAGAGAGAGAGAGAGAGGAUCCUAUUAAUCUUAAUAUUAUUUUCGCUGCGCGAUCGUGCGUAUUAUUAUUAUGAUUAUUUCUCACGAUCGAUUCCUGCGUUGCCAGAGACACAAGCGAUCUACGUGUGUGAGUGAACGAGAGUGAGAGAGAGAGAGAGAGAGAGAGAGAGGUAUAUGCAUACGCACACUCCGGUGAACCUCGGUAUACGAAAACGAAUUCCUCACCCCCCUCAUGUUCCCAAUUGUUUUAAUCGCUCUAAUGUCCAAAGACUGGGCCCGGAAGGUCCGGACGAACGAUUUUAGUCACUUAGACCGUAAGAAAGUCCCGAGGGAACGAACGUACCAUUUUUUUUUUUUUUUAUUACGGACCCCUUUACACGUUUUCUCCCUCGCUUGGCGGGCUUUUAUCGGACGAGACCGCGAGGAUCGGGAGACGAAGUGUGUCGGAAUAUCUAGGAGCGUAAGUUUUUCUGUUUUUAAUUAAUCAAGACCCGCAGCUCAGUUUCGUCGUGAGCCUCUACGUCUUCGUCGUCGUCGUCGUAGACCGAGGAUGGCGGUAUGCGAACACGAUAACGCGCGACAGAGACGUUCAAUACGUCCGUAACAGUAUUACAGUAUACAUGUGCGUGUGCAGAUACGUUCCGUGUAAAAAAAUACUUCGGCGGCAGCGGUGAUGAUGGUGGUUGUGGUGGUGGUGGUAGUAGUGAACGGCGGUGAAACCGCCGCGGGAAAAGUUCGAGCAGUACCGUUCGAUGGACGCUCCGCGUCGAGCUUCCUCGCUUUACGCCGCAGAGAAGGCAGCGAGCAUCGGGAACUUCGUUCGGUCUUCACGUUUCGUCCAUCGCGCGGUCGCACCGUAAUAAACGAAUCGGGCUCGAGUGCGCGUUUCGCGCUGUAAUAUUGUUGUUGUUACGUCGACUGGAGCGACCUUAUGAUCCGAAAAGACGAUUCAACGGGCGCUUCGCGAGCUUCCACGCGCGAGCCGGUUUUUGAUAAUCGCGUUAUCGGGGGAGAGAGAGAGAGAAAGAGAGAGAAAAUAAAAAAACCACAAAUCGGGGCUCUUCGAAUGUUUGACGCGCGAUUGCCAAAAUCGAUCACCAAGCGCGGGAAUCCGAACGGACGCAUCCUAUUCGUCGAUUCCGUGCUUCUUCCAACCAUCCGGAUCCGCGGAAAGCUUCGAAUUUCAUCGACACUCCGCUUCUCACCGUAAUCGCGUUCGAGACCAGCCCGAGUGUCUCGGAACUGUAAAUAUCGGGUAACGAACUGUAAGUCCAUCUAGACCGCUCGGGAAGGGCACGAAGAGAAUGCGUUAAUAUUUAGUAUAAAAGAUUGCGAUGCACUCACUUUCCUUUCUCUCUCUCUCUCUCUCUCUCUCUCUCUUCAAAUUGCGCGAUCCAUCUGGGAAUAGCGUUGCGCUGUUUGAGGAGCCCCCGUCUUAGAUCACUGUCCGCAACGAAACGACGUCUCUCUCGAGACGGCGGAUCACUUCAGAUAUACCCGAACAUUUCUCUUUGGACCAAAACUCUUCGUGUAAUGAACGGUUGUAAUCGCUAUCGAGGCUCGUAAAGUACCUAAGCAAACCUCACGCCGAGAUGAGAGUUUUUGACGUGUGGUUCCUAAGUUUUAUUCAUAGCAGCAAGCCAAGUCACAAUGGGAGUUAUGUGAUAUAUUAGGGGCGGUAUUACUAAGGCUAAUUACUCGCAGGGACGGACUGGCCGAUUAACCUUGUCUCGAUGCGAUAUGGCGAGUGAACGAAGGGAAGAGAUGAAAAGGCAAAAAAUUAAUCAGCGAGAACGUUCACUCGGAUCAACGAUCACCGAGCUUCUCGUCGAUCUUUUCACCGAGGCACGGAAGUUUGUCGAAAAGAUCGAUACUGAAAGAAUGUCCACGGUCUCGCGUGAUCGUCCGAGAUUACAACGAUUCAGGUUUGAAGAUCGAACGACGCGCGCGUGAAAACCCUGGACGACGAAGUGUUCUGUGCAGAUGUGCACGUCGUGUAUUUUUCCGCGUGGUGUUAUAUUUUAUUUGAAAACGCGAGAAACGUCACUGAUCGGUCGGUCGGUUCGAUCGUGUGUCCAGCCAGUCCGUCCUUGUUGAUUGACGCGUUGCGUGUAAUGUUUUUCCGAAUGCGUGUCGGGAUCGCGCGUUUUUCUGCGCGACGUUGUCGAAGACGCGCUUCUCUGAUCUCUCGAGGGAGAGAUGACACUGCUCGCCUGCGACAAAUCGCUCCAGUCUCGGACCUUCGUUGUAAAAUCGAGUGUAAAUAUCGCGGAUACUGACGCGGAGCGAUCGAUACUGUCUACUCUCUACACCGGGUUUUCUUCUUCAAUUAUUUUUUAAUCCCUUUUUCAUCUCUUCCUUCUUCUUGUUUUUUAUUUUUUUUUUUACGACACGCAAACGUAACGUUAGGGACUCGCUUUAGACUGUCUUUCUGGGCGCAGUACAUAAACGCGCGAGCGUCGGCGGACCGGAUCCGUUCGGCUCGGAAACUUUUUAGCUAGUCGUCACGAGGAUUUGCGCAUCGUCUUACGUUCCCGAGCACUCCUCUGAUAAUAAUUGUCGUAGCACGACAUUUUAUUUCGUCCCCUCUUCCCACUUUGUAUCGUACUGUUUUUUUAUAUCUCGCCUUUGCGUCUUUUCCGCCCGAGGAUGCACCCUCGGGUUUCGGGCGUGCGAAUGGUCGUGGUUGUGAUAAAGGCGGAUCUCGCGCGCGCGGUCUUCGCUUUCACGGGCAACGAUCUUAGCCGUAGGAGCGUGUCGUCGUCGUCGCAUUAAUUCCACACGGAUAACUAAAAGUAGAAUCGGGUCUCGCACGGGUUAAAUCGUGCGGCUCUCGCCGGACUCUCCACGGUAAGCUGCACGUCACUGAUAACGAGAGACAGGAAGAGGGUGGAGGUGAAUGAGAGAACGAGGGGGAGAGAGAGAGAGAGAGAGACUCGUCCGACGUGUACUUUUUCAAUCGCGGGCUCGACGGUUUGCGCUCGAUUUAAAAAGUUCCGUGUCCGACCAAAUUAUCGGGUCUGAGUUAUUCGAGACGGGAUCGCCCGCUUCGCUCCUCUCGCCUCGGCGAGGGUGCAGAUGAAAAGGGACAUACACACAUACACAGACAGGUCCACAAACUCACUACAUUGUAAAUAGGGUACCGCGGCCGCGAGACUGGAGUGGUGUCAUCUCGUGAUACGUCCAAAUGGAAUUGUGACGUUUCCUCGAUCAGCGCAGAUACGUCAUGUCGAUCCCAUCGGAAUCCUCCACACAACUCAAAUGGAGCUAGGUAGUACGUAUACAUAUGCAUACACCGCGCAUACAUAUAUUAUGUAAUACAUAAUACGUAGAUAGCUAUACUCGAGUGUACAGGGCGUGCGUCUCAAAAAGUGUGCUUACCGACGGCUAGGAUUAUCUCCCUCCGACCGAGGGAUUUCGCGCGAACGUUUCCUCGGCGAGAGCUCGAUCCUACCUUCCAGUUUCACACGUCGGCAACCUCGAGUUCGUCGACGGUUAAGGCCUACGAAUCCGAUCAUUCCGAUGCGCCGAUACUAACUGAUUUGUCGCGGUGUAAACGGACGGAUUCGAAAUAGAACGAUUCCGAGAAGUCUACGAUUGGAUCCAAGACAUCAGCAACUUUCAGAAAUGAUAAAUUCUCCGAUCAUCAGCCGACUGUGUCCCGGACACUUCCGUUUCUCUUCUUCCCGGUUUGACAUUUUCGCGGGUGCGGAAAAAUUCCAGCAUCUCACGGAUUGAACUCUCCCGGGGGAUUGUACGCGCGCGCGAGAAACAGCCUCCGGUAAUUGUUACACGCUCUUUGCGCGACACCCCGUACACGUGUCUCCGUGUUGGUGGUCCGGUGUAGCGGAAAUGGGGACUUCGAGGACGGCUGUUUAAUUUGCUGAGUCUGCCGACUUUCCGAUCGAUCCGCUGCGCGCGAGGUGUCGCGAGGUAAAUAUCGGCUUCGUCAAACAUGCAGAGCGACGCGGCCGUCGCAGCCGGCUGCGUAUCUCCCCGAUGCAACUCGUCGCUUCCUUCCGAUGCAGCAGCCUUCCGGCCGACGCAGUUGCUUUCUGUCUUCCGUCUUCGCGCGCGUUCCUCACUUCGGUUUCCCUUAGUUAGACAAAGACUUAUAGAGAGAGAGUCUCGUUCGUCGUCGGACUGCGAGGCGUCUUCCUCGAUAACGACGUCGCACAAAGUCGCAACUACCCGCGCGGUUACUUCGCGUCUGCACCUCGCGACCACGCGGGGGCACUCUCUGGAUUUCUCGGAGCGGAAUCUCGCUCGAAAUAAGGGAAAUAUGACGGUGUUUUCACUCGAAGCGAAAAUAUCGCCACUCGAAAUCGCGAGGGUGAUUGUUUGACUUAAGCUUAGAACGGAUCUCGAUUCCAUACCACCAGAAACAAAUGAAGUUCAUAGAAGUGUAGAUCUUUUUUCUCUUCUGCCCUCGUCGUCACUUUGCGUACCUUUCGUUUCUGUUAUCGUCGUUGUACGUAUCCUGUUUUAUUUCACGCAAGAAAGGGAACUUGUUCCGUUCGUUCUAUAAAUAAAUGAAUCUUUCAAUCGAUCGGAACGAAUUUGUUCCCAUGGGACACGUGUCAGAUUCACUCUUCAGUUUCGAAUGAAAAUGCUCACUCGAUUACUCAGAGCGGAGAAUUCACUCCGUACGUGGUGAAAAGUCAGAUCGAGUCGCUGUCGUUUUACUUUUCGAGUGAAAGCUCACUCCGAGAAAUUUCGAGAGCACGACGCAAUCGGACGUUCCUGUACUCUCUCUACGCUACCGCUUGCGCUACACACAAACGCCACAAACAAGUUCCUAGACGCCGAGCGGCGCGAUCUCCCGCACCUGGCCACCGACACCGCAAUUCACCGAAUUAUCGCCCUCGAUACCAAAUGUUCCUUGUUGUUUUCUCGCGAGAAUACUCCUGUAAAUAGUGAACGUCGAUAACUGAUGAAGCGCGUGCGAAUCGCGAGCGAGGUGAGGUCGAAUUCAAUUGUGAUAAGCUCGAAACGGAGAGUGCGCCCAGCGAACUCUGUCGAUCACCGCGAUAAGGUUCCAAGGUGUGUACUAAGUUUAAAGGGAUUCUUUGUUUCCUUCCUAUUUUAAUCCCUUUUACGUUAUCGUUAUCCUUUCUUAGGAGGGAGAGAGAAAGAGAGAGAGAGAGAGAGAGGAGAAACCGCGCCCUCUCCCUUCCUUAACCCGCGUAACUCGUGUCCCACGUCGGAACCUUCUUGGUUCUCUUUUCCCUUUUUUAGUCCAAAGAUUUCGAGAUCUUUCAGCGAGCGCGCUUCGCGAGCACAUCGCGGCGGAAUCGCGUCUGUUGUUUCGUGCGCGCUUACAAGCAGAUAAAAUGCCGACUCGUACAAGUGGCUGACGAAUUGCGAAUCACCCCACUCCCCAUGAUCCACCCCCGAUUCGUCCUUCCUUCCAUCCUACGUCGUCGACGAUAUCGGCUUGGUAAGUUUCGGAGCCGACGAGCGUAUUCUCGUCACGACGGUUAGGAUUCGGAUUGUCAGUUAUUGCACACACUCGAUGUAACUACAUAUAAAUAUCGAUAUCAAUCUGUCAGUCUCGUGUCUCUUGAUGGUACUUAAAACGAAACGGCCCCCUCGGGCCGGCCGCCGCCGCGCUCCACAGCGGCGCGGCCUCGAUAAUGUUCUUUAUGCGCAGUAAGUUAAUAAAAGGAAACGGAGAAAAAAGGGAAAACCAGAAAAAAAAUAGCAGGAAACGAAAUAUGGUAAAGAAUCUUCUCUCGUAGCACACGUUCCUCCUCUUGGCCCGUGACGUGCCCGUGACUCGAGCACGAAUCAUUUUUUUGUACAUAAUAAUAAUAAUAAUAACACUAUACGACACACAAGCGAGCCGCGCGAGUUCGCGGCUGCGAUACUCGAGAGCUAACGAUGAUAACGCCACUGUGUUGCGUCGCGAGUUGUGUGAACCGACCUUGCGUAUAAACUCAUUGCUCGUUUAUAUGCGAUGUAUUUUUGUGAACAGUAUUGAAAGUGCUACUGUUGUACAGUUAUCACACACGGUAUAAAUGUACUAUGAUGAUGUACCUAUAUUGUACAUAGAUAUAUUUAAUUAAAGUGAAUAUGAAUUUGUGUA